AUGCUCGUUUUUGUUGCGUUUUCCUGUCUGCUAACAGUGUCUGGACGAACCAUUCAUUUACCACACGUAUUAUCAGGGAAUAUCUUUCACCAAGGUUUACAUGGACAUAACAUCCACAGCGCUCAUCUAACUAGUGGACUGUGGCAUUACUUCCUCACUCACAGUUUGCAUUCUUCCGGUGGUCACCAUACUCAAAUUACAAACCAGGAAGUUAUAACACCGCAAGGUAACAACACACAAGAUGCAAUCAGACCACAACCACAGCCGACACAAGGAACGACUGUACCGGAAAUACCUAAACCACCAUCAGAAAUAGGGAUACCUGGAGCUGGAACUGACCAUUCAAUGACUGCUGUUGGUACUGACGAACGACAACGUUUUGACCGUUGGAAAGACAAGUGGCUACUAGAACAUCUGUCGUCUUGUGGAGACCAGCCUAUAGAGCCUGUAUUUCCCACCCACAGAAUAAUUGGUGGAGGACUGGCUGUAGAAGGGAGCUGGCCAUGGAUGGUAUCAUUUUUUUCUAAAAGAAUACAACAACACGUGUGUGCGGGGACCAUCAUCGACAGACAAUGGAUCGUAUCAGCAGCGCAUUGUUUUGUUGAAUUUCAGUUGGUAUUUCACCUUGACAUCAAGGACGACCUUGAAGUCCGUGUAGGACUAUACAACAACACAGCCAACACCAAGGACCAGCACAUACAUACCUAUCACGCUGUACGCAUACUAAUACAUCCAGAGUUUGAACUAGAAGUAAUGGACAACGACAUUGCCCUGGUUCGCCUUGGCAGACCCGUUUCAUUCAAUGACUUUAUCCAACCCGUGUGCUUAUUCGGACAGGAUGCCAAAGAGCAGGAUACAUGUAUUAUCACAGGAUGGGGACGGCAAAAACAGCCAGAAGCUGUUUCAGCCGGUUUACCAAAGCUUGACCCUUCGGCCUGGCCAGGCAUCCUUAAACAAGCUAGUGUGCCUGUCAUUGACCAUACCGGCUGCAGCAACCUGUACAAGGACAAACUGACCAGUCAUAUGAUUUGUGCCGGAUAUCUCGACGGAAGUGCGGAUUCCUGCAACGGGGACAGCGGAGGGCCUCUUCUCUGUCAGACUACACAAGAUGGACGAUGGGCACUUACAGGUAUAACAAGCUGGGGAGGUUUGGAUCACAAAGGGUGUGCUGGAACUGACCAGCCUGGGGUCUACACAAAAGUAUCGGGUUACUAUGAAUGGGUACUGUCCUCCAUGUAUUCCAACCGAGACUGA